UGUACAGCGUGCCCACUGUCAGGUCAAAUUGUCAGGGCAUUCCGUGGUUGUACAAUGAUACCGUUAUUUAAAAAAUAUACUUUUUUACUUUACUAUAUUGUGGAAUAAUAACACUAUAGAUUUAAACCACAAUGCGUGGAAAAAGCGUUGAGAAAUAAACAGAUUAUGAUUCAUUUAUAUUACACAUGCAUCUCUUUAACGGGAUUUAGCCCCCACCAAGAUGGCCGCCACGAAGGCACGUCGCUUAGCAUGCCCUGCCUAGUCUAAUGUACAUCCACGGUGGUGGCAGCCUAGCGGAUUCACUUGUUAUCAUUGUAGCUGCGGUGGUGCUUGCUGGGGGUGGACCGUUCCCCUACUCCAGUACAGGCAAAUUAAAUAUAGAAACGAUAUUAUUAUCAGGAACUAAUCCGAACAGCGGCCAAUGAGAAUACACCGCACUUGAUUAACGGGUGUAAAAAAAAGAAAGAAUACGCGCUCGGCUAGCGUUCCUCUAUCAUCGCCACCAUUUUGCCUGCCAGUCAGUGAUGGAGCACAUCCGGACACCAAAGGUGGAAAAUGUGCAUCUUUUGGAUCGUUCGUUGGGCCAGAGAAAGGCCAGAGUUGGGACACUCUACCUUUCUGCGACACACACCAUGUUUAUGGAGAAGCACCCUGAGGCAUCCAAGGAAAUCUGGGUAUUGCACAGCAUGGUGAGUAGUGUGGAGAGGUUGCCUACCACUCAAGCAGGUAGUCACCUUAUCCUGCACUGCAAAGACUUCAGGAUCUUCCAGCUUCUAAUUCCGCAGGAGAAAGACUGUUUCGAUAUCCAUUCCUCAUUGUUGAGGUUGUCACGACCAGAAAAGUACAGUGAGCUGUACUGUCUGUCCUCUAAUCCCAAUGUGAACAAGGAAGAAAGGAAAGAGUCAUGGAGCUUCAUAGACCUCAUGGCCGACUACAAAAGAAUGGGUGUUCCUAAUAACCUGUGGGUUGCCACAGCAGCCAACAGUGAAUAUAGGAUAUGUGAAACAUAUCCCUCGGAGCUGUUUGUUCCCAAGUCUGCCACACCCACAGUCAUUGUGGGCAGCUCAAGGUUCAGGAGCCGAGGACGAUUUCCUGCUCUGACAUACUUUCACCAAGACACCCUGGCGGCAGUGUGCAGGUGCAGUCAGCCUUUGUCAGGCUUUAGUGGACGCUGCCAGGAGGAUGAGAUGAUACUCCAAGCUGUGAUGAAAUCCAACCCUGGCAGUGACUACAUUUAUGUGGUAGACACAAGACCGAAGCUAAAUGCCAUGGCGAACAGAGCUGCUGGUAAAGGUUAUGAGAACGAGGACCACUACACCAACAUCAAGCUGCACUUCAUUGGCAUAGAAAACAUUCAUGUGAUGAGGAACAGUCAGCAGAAAAUUAUUGAUGUGACAGAGAUGCGAUCUCCAUCAAUGACUGACUUCCUUUGGGGUUUGGAAAACUCCGGUUGGCUAAAACACAUUAAAGCUGUUCUAGAUGCUGGAGUCUUCAUUGCCAAGGCAGUUGCUGAUGAAGGGGUCAGUGUGUUGGUCCACUGUUCAGAUGGUUGGGACCGGACAGCUCAGGCCUGCUCUGUAGCCAGUCUCCUUUUGGACCCGUUCUACCGCACCAUCAAAGGACUGAUGGUACUAAUAGAAAGAGACUGGAUUUCCUUUGGUCAUAAGUUCUCCCACAGGUAUGCCCACCUGGAUGGCGAUCCUAAAGAAGUGUCCCCAGUCAUCGAUCAGUUCUUGGAGUGCGUGUGGCAGCUUUCGGAGCAGUUUCCAUGUGCCUUUGAAUUUAACGAGCGCUUCCUCAUCGCUAUACACACGCACGUUUACUCCUGUCAGUACGGCACUUUCCUGUGCAACUGUCAAAAGGAACGCAAGGAUAUGAGGCUUCAUAAACGGAGUCAUUCCGUAUGGCCCCAGCUGUGGCAGGACCGGGCGGACUUCACCAACUUGCUGUAUAAGGCCGAGCUCAGUCAAUGUCAGGGUGUGCUGAGGCCCAACACCUCCCCCUACUGUUUCAAAAUGUGGAAGGGUCUCUACAACCACGCGGAGCGGUCGACGCCUCCUCGCCAGUCACCCGCUGACUUCCUGACUGCCGUGAGGGAGGAGUCCCAGCAGCUGGAGGAGGAACUGACCAAUCACCAGGAGAGGAUAGCGGCGCUGACAGGGAAGCCAAUCACAUGGGCGAAAGUAGAGGUUAAGAAGAGGAUUGUGCAGGCGAGACACCGCGGGCCGGACCCCCCCACAACGUACCAAGUCCCCGCACAGGAAGCAGUCAUUCAGAACGCUAAGACGAAGAACCCCUCUCUCUCUCCGCCUGCCCAGGUCAAGCACUUUAGCAGGGACCACAGCCCCGUCUCUACGGACCUGGAAUCAGGCGCGGCGGUCCUGAGCGGCCUCUCAUCCCGGGCCGGGGACGAGUGCAAGGACCCAGAGACGGGGUUCACCACCGCUGGCACCAAUUUCUUCAAACGCCAACAUUCAGAAAGAUUACAACAAUAGUUGCAAGAUGUUUCUCUUUGGGGGGGAAAAAUACUGUUUUUAUGAUUUUAAUGACAUGAUUUACCCUCACUAUUUGUGUGAAGGUGGGAUGGUCCAAGCUAAGACCAUCUGGGUCUCAUCACUACCCCCUGGAUUGUCUGAGGUGAGCAACUAAAACGUCCCUCUGGUGAUGAAGGCAAGGUGGGAGUUCGCCUGACUAUUUAAGAAAAUUGUGUGAUUAACUGUAAGAAAUACAAUUUUUGCCAUGGGGCAGGAAAAGUGGUGUAAGUCGACUGAACUGAAAGUGAAAGAAAAAGAAGCUUACAUGAUUUACAUCUAAAAUAAAUCACUUGACUUGCUUACUUUACAGCAAGGGUGUCAAACUCAUUUUAGACCGGGGGGGCCACAUGUAUGAAAAAUCUACUCUGUAAAAUCACGGCACGAUAAUUUAAAAAUUAAGAUUUUCUUUGUUUACAAAUAGAACAAGCACAUUCUGAAAAUGUACAAGUCAUAAUGUUGUUUUCUUUACACUUACAUGUUGCGGUUAAUAGUUUACCAUCUUUAUUUGUUGUUGUUAUUUUCUAAAUAAAUUAUGUGAUAAUGUUCAUCAGUCAACACAUUGGUGUUAAUUUUCAAUUUAUCAGGAUAAAAUAAUACAUAAAUCAAAUUAGAGGAUGUUAUUUAUGUAGUUUGAUCAUUUUCCUCAACUAGUGUUAAAGUUAAGUUAAAGUACCAAGGAUUGUCACAGUGCACUAAUUUUGUACAUAUGUAGCAUCAUCUCCAAAAGGGUUCGGGAACCUUUUUGGCUGAGAGAGCCAUGAAAGCCAAAUAUAUUUCCGUGAGAGCCAUAUACCGUAUUUUUCAGAGUAUAAGUCACACCUGCUGAAAAUGCAUAAUAAAGAGGGAAAAAACAUAUAUAAGUCGCAUUGGAGUAUAAGUUGCAUUUUUGGGUGAAAUUUAUUUGAUAAAACCUAACACGAAGAAUAGACAAUUGAAAAUAAAGAAUAGUAAACAACAGGCUGAAUAAGUGUACCUUAUGUGACUCAUAAAUCACCAACUGAGAAGGUGCCUGGUAUGUUAACGUAACAUAUUAUGGUAAGUCAUUCAAAUAACUAUAACAUAUAGAACAUGCUAUACGUUUACCAAACAAUCUGUCACUCCUAAUCGAUAAAUCCCAUGAAAUCUUAUACGUCUAGUCUCUUACGUGAAUGAGCUAAAUCAUAUUAUUUGAUAUUUUACGGUAAUGUGUUAAUAAUUUCACACAAGUCGCUCCUGAGUAUAAGUCGCACCCCCGGCCAAACUAUGAAAAAAACUGCAACUCAUAGUCCGAAAAAUAUCUUAAUAUUUUUAACACUAAGUACAACUGUCAGGUUCAAACAUUGAUGACAUCUAUUAAACAGACAAGAAGCAAGGAAUUAAACAGAGACUGGAUUCAAUUUAGUUCAAUGAGGAGAAACCCGUUGACCUGUACCCUUGUACAGUGUCGUCCCACGCUCUGACGAGAGAUUCUACGCCUCCUCUUUCAUUUGGACUUUCCCAGAUUACAACAACUAAAUGCGUGUAUCUAUCAAUCAAUGUUUAUUUAUACAGCCCUAAAUCACAGGUGUUUCGAAGGACUGCACAAACCACAACGACAUCCUCUGUAGAGCCCACAUAAGGGCAAGGAAAAACUCACCCCAGUGGGACGUCGACAAUGAUGACUAUGAGAAACCUUGGAGAGGACCGCAUAUGUGGGCAACCCCCCACCACCUCUCUUACUCUUUUUAAUAACAUUGUUAUUCUGAAGCUAACCAAUAAUAAAUAAAAUACUUUUGACCAUUAAUGCGACUUUUUGAACAGGUGCGGUAGAAACGGACGGAUUGAAAUGCAUGAGAAUGUUUUAUAUUUUGAACGUUAUUUUUAACACUGUGAUUACUAGCGGAAUUAUUCAUUAGUUAUCGUGUUAGGCAACAUCAGCUAAGAUUUAUCUGAGAGCCAGAUGCAGUCAUCAAAAAAGCCACAUCUACCCCUGAUCUACAAAGAUACAAAGAAUUGCUAUUGUGACAUCUGGUGGACACAUUUAGAACAGCAGUUUUUUUCAUAAAAAAUUUCAGGUUACUUUUUAUACUUGGCCAUAUAAAACCUGUUCGAGGGCCUUCUCCGGCCCUCGGACAGUACGUUUGACACCCCUGUUUUACAGACUAGAAUCGAUUGUACUCCACACAGCCAGGCGCAGUGGAAAAAUUAGAAAUUCAUAUUCACGGUAAGCAGAUUUAUGUGUCUUACCUUGUGUUGCUGGUCACAGGCAUGUCCUACUAAUGUAUUCCUGCAAACGUUAUGUAGACAAGGAUUAUUGUGACUAAUGCGUGGAUUCAUGUAAGACAAUGGGAAGUUUGACAGUAUUUCACAUUGAACUUAAAACGAACAAAACAUGAACAUUAUUUACAUCCAAUAUUGAAAGCGUUUAUUUUGCAAUAUAAUUUAUUUUGUUUGACAUUUGUAUGUUUUCUAAGCUGAAGGGGAGCACGUUUAGGUCGAGCAGGUGUACAAAGUACUGGAGUGCUUCAUCCAGCAUUGUUGUGUAAUGUCUUUGGAAUACAUAAGGUAUGCUC